AUGGCCUCGACGCAAGGAAGAGGGUUCCAUACAACUGACUCCGCCUAUCUGCUACCUAAUGAUGCUCCCGAGCACGAGCGCCUGGAUCUCCAGUCCCGUGCGCUUAAUCGAAUGAUGCACGAUCAGCCCUUCCACGCACCACUGGUGCAUCCGGAACGGAUCCUCGAAGUCGGCUGUGGGACGGGCGUCAUGACUGCCUACCUUGCCGCGGCAUAUCCCAACGCCAAAGACGUGAUUGGUGUCGAUCUUUCCGAGGUGCCACAGACCCAUCGCAAUGGCCGCGUCACAUUUGUCCAGGGCGACAUCUUCAAACUGGUACAAGAUCCAGAUUCGCCCGCGUUCGCCCCCAAUUCCUUCGAUCACCUCUAUUCUCGCCUGCUGACAUGCGGGAUGACGGACUGGCGAGGGUACAUUGCACAAGCAAAGGAAUUGGUGAAGCCUGGCGGAUGGGUGGAGCUGCAAGAAUUAGAGGCCAUCUUCUACGACCAUGACCGACAGCGGAUCGACGAGGAUUGGACCUGGCACAAAGAUAUUUUUGCUGGCGCCAGGAAAGUCGGUCUCGAAAUGGACGUUGGGCGAAAGCUGGAGGGCUACUUAAAGGACGCUGGUUUCGUCGACGUGGAGUCGCGGUUCUACCGAUGGAUGUAUGGGAAAUGGCCCGGCCAUCCAGAGACGGACCUGAUCGGCGAGUAUAGUCUCAAGCAUUGUUUGCCAAUAAUCGAUCUCACGUACGACAAGGUGGCAGCACCGAACAAAACGGCGGACGAGGCGGAAAUGGGGCGGCAAACGAUACGUGAACAUAUGUCCAUUAUUGAACGCGGAACACAUCAGGGUUUCCAUGCAGCUUGGGGACGUAAGCCAUGA